CCAUGACAAGGCUGCCAACGACGCCAAGAAGAAUGCCGCGCGUACAGUAUUCGCAAAGAACAUUACCUUGUACUCAAAGCGUACGCGACCCUUCCCCAGAAAUCCUCAAUCACCACCAGCUUCUUGAAGACUUACGAGCCCUAAAGUCUAUGGCCCCGACCCCAACAACAACCCACAACUAGCAACCGCCAUCGCUGCAGCCAAGAAGGCCAGCGUUCCCAAGGACCGAAUCGAGGCAGCCAUCGCUCGCGGGCAAGGCAAAUCGUCCGGGGGCGAGGCGCUCGAGUCGAUCACGUUCGAAGCCAUGAUACCGCCAACGAUCGCUCUGAUUGUCGACAUCGAAACCGAGAGCAAGCUGAGAGCGCUGCAGGACAUGAAUUUGCUGGUCAAGAAAGCCAAGGGCUCAGCUGGCUCAUCCAAGUUCUUCUUCUCUCGUCUCGGCCGGGUGGUGUUUGAGAAGGGCGAGAGCGGGCCGGAUGUCGACCAGAUCCUGGACGAUGCGAUCGAAGCUGGCGCAGAGGACCUCGAGAAUGACGCCGAUGGAAAUAUCGUCGUCUGGACGCAGCCCGCGGCGACGAUGCAAGUCUGCAAGACGGUCGGGCCAAAGUUCGGCUUGAAGAUUCUAAGUUCGGAUAUCAUAUGGACGGCAAAUGAAGAUACCAAAACUAAGCUGGACGCUUCGGAGGAGCUGGUCAACUUCACUGAGUUGUUGGAGGCGCUCAGGGAGUAUCCUGAGGUCCAAGCCGUGUAUUCAAACGUUACAAAGGGAUCUAUGGAUGACGAUGAAUGGGCGAAGAUCGAGGAAAAUCUGGACAUGUAGAGACCAGCCGAUAGACAUAGACAAACCGAUCUAGAUGUAUAAGUACGUGUAAUAAUACAGUCGUACAACAUGCCGCU